AUGAAAAUAAAUGAUACCCCUGGUCACUGGACAAUGGAGCUGACGAUGGAAUCAUUAAAUAUACCGCCUGGCUUCAUUUACCCUGCUUUUGUUUUUGGGACGCUUACAUAUGUAUUGAUUCUGUUUUGUAAUAUACUAGUGUUUACAACAAUUGUCUUCACAAAGAGUUUGCAUUCGCCUAUGUUCAUCUUGCUGUUAAACCUGCCUGUACUGGACAUAAUGGGAGCCACUGCUCUUCUCCCUCAGCUGUUACACAGUAUAGUGUCAAAUGACCGCUCUAUUUCCUACCCAGGGUGUUUUCUCCAGGCGCUGUUGAUUCACAUCUAUGCUACAGGGAACUUCUUAUUCUUAACUGCGAUGGCCUAUGACAGAUAUAUUGCUAUAUGCUUGCCUCUUCGAUACCACUCUCUAAUGACGUCCAAUAUUUUGAUAAGAAUCAUCGUAGUUGUUUGGUUAUUUGACAUCUUUAUUCUGGCAGUGCUGUUUGGUAUAUCUACACGGUUCAAAUUUUGUAUGAAUAAUAUUGUGGAUGUAUUCUGCAACAAUCCCUCUUUAUUGAAACUAGUCUGUGGAGACAGUAGCGCAAAUAACUACUAUGGGUUAUUCACUAUCAUAUUAAUUCAAGGUGGAUCACUGAUUAUAGUUACAUACACAUACAUCCAGAUCUUGGUGACCUGUUUGAAGACUAAGCAAUCAGAUGCGAGGGGGAAAGCGCUCCAAACAUGUGGAACACAUCUGAUUGUUUUCUUAUUAUUAGAGAUCAACGCUCUCAUCACUUUGCUGUCUCACAGAUUUGAGAGCGUGUCCCCGCACCUUAGGAGGGCCAUCGGUUUAUCAAUAAUUGUAUUUCCCCCAGUACUCAAUCCACUUAUAUAUGGGUUAAACACAAAAGAACUUCAGAAAAACAUGAUUAAAAUCAUUAAAAGAGCUAGGUUAACUUUUUUUAUUUAA